CCGACGCCCACGCUGCCCAAGGCGGAGGUCCUCUCCUGGAUGGCGUGCCGCGCGCUGCUGCCGCAGGACGUUCGCGUGGACAUGGGGCCGCUGGGGACCCUGCGCCUGGAGGAGCAGCUGGACGAGAAGCUGCAGCGGGUGGCGAGCGAGGAGCUGCGCGAGGCGGACGUCGACAUCCCCGACACCAUCGCCGCCCUGCGAACGCGCCUGCAGGAGGAGAAGGAGUUGGUAGUCCCGCUGGAUGACGAGUACAUGACCACGUUCCUGCGCCCCUGCCACUGGUACCCGGAUUCGGCGUUCCAGAAGAUGUGCAACUUCUACGCAUUCAAGGCCCGGAACCCUCACGUCGGUAGGCCGCUGCCCAUGUCGCGUCUGGACGUUGUCGCCAACUCGGGCACCGUCUGCAUCCUGCCGCGCCGAGACCAGUUCGGGCGGCGCAUGCUACUUCUGCAAACAGGUCGCAAGUGGGACCCGAAGAAGCUGACGAUGGACGAGCUGCUGAGCGCGGUGCUCAUGUUCCUGGAGAUCGCCAUCGUGGAGCCCAGCACGCAGGUGGCCGGCGUCGUCAUCUUGUGGGACCUGGAAGGGCUGUCGCUGUCGCAGGACUGCGUUCCGCUGCGCGUCAAGGCGUUCCACUUCAUCAACCAGUCCAACCUCUUUGACAUCGCCUUCAACGUGCUCAAGCCAUUCCUCAAGGAGAAACUGCGCUCGCGGGUGACUGUACUUCCACGGCAAGUCUUCGAAGACGCUGCUGGACCACGUGGACCCCAAGUUGCUGCCGAAGCAGUACGGCGGCGAGCUCGAGAUGCACUUCGACGGCGGCGAGCUCAUGGCCCUUUUCCACCUCUUCGAGACGUACUUCGAUGGUGA